AUGGCUGAUUCUGACCCUGGAGAAAGAAACUAUGACAACAUGAUGAAAAUGCUGUCAGAUCUGAAUAAAGACUUGGAAAAGCUACUAGAAGAAAUGGAGAAAAUCUCAGUGCAGGCCACCUGGAUGGCCUAUGACAUGGUGGUGAUGCGUACCAACCCCACACUGGCCGAGUCCAUGCGCCGGCUGGAAGAUGCCUUCCUCAAUUGCAAGGAGGAGAUGGAGAAGAACUGGCAGGACCUACUCAGUGAAACCAAACGCAUGCAGUAG